UCAGACCCAGAUGCUGCAGGUUUUUGUUUGUUACAGCAGUCGUAUCCAGCAUGGGAAAUGGUCGGACAACGUGCACAAAAGCUAUCGGCCCAAUUAAGGGCUACUGCCGCUUGCAUUGCAGGAUUCGUGGACUCAGUACAGGCUGUAAGCGACUAUGCCAACAAUUUGAAAGGUGCUGCACGAGAUAUGGGUGUUUGCAUGACAAGGGUGUGCAUGCGUGAACGAGCUUUGGAGCAUCGCCUAAGAGCCGUAGCGGAUGCGUUAGCUGACGAGACGGCGGUCAGCAUCCAGCAACGGGCAGCUUAUUGGAAACAAAGGACUGCUGAACUGGACAAGAGUGCCGCUAAGCAUGUGAAAAAGGUGAGAACGAGAAAAGGCCGACCGGACCCGGCCGCUGUUUCCGAACAACGUCAACUUUGUAGUCAAGUUCUUAGCGAACAACGUACCCAGUUCUCGUUCUUCAUAGGAACCAUUAUGCCGGUUUUUACCGCCGAAAUUUCUCUUCUCGAUGAAGGCUCUCACAUUCGACAGGUGGUCGAGAACCUGGACAGCACGGUGAAGUUCGUUGACGGUCAUACCCUGGUGCAGACUAUUCUUAGCGACUUAUCACAAGGCGCCGAUAACGCUUGGCGACAAUGUCUGACGAAUGCCGCUCGUGCCUACCGUAGUGGCGACUCGGGCGAGGAUGGCGGUCUGUCGACACGUGCCACAACCCCUGGAAGUAGUUUCAGUCAUGGUGCGUUUCUAGGUUUUAUAGGCGGAAGGUGGGAUAGUUUGUACAGCCGCAUUGAACCCUCGGGGCUACUCCAAGAUUUCCUAUCUGGAAACUUUGUCUGGAUUUCGAGGAGUGCAGUAUUUCAGACGCCAACGUUUUGUACAGCUCCCACUUUUCGGACUGGCAGCAGCUCAUGCAGUAGUUCAGACGCAGCUUCAUCAGCGGCCUUGAUAGCUGAGACACUGCAACAAAUCGAUCAGCUUGGAUCCGAUCUCGAAAGUUAUUGUCAUACUGCUGUACCACAUCGUGUCCACACGGAAUAUGCUGCAUUGCGUACAACGAACGGAUGUGAUCCACCGUUAGCAACCGCCAAUGGACAUGCAACGAAUACAGGAUCCAAUGCUGGAGGUGGCGGUUCUCAUAUGCAGAAUGGAGUCCGUAUAAGAGGAGGUGGGUCUGGAGAAGCUCAUGUAAAAUUGCCUACCUUAGCUUAUCUGGAUGCUCUUUUUGUUUUUACUCCUCUGUGUUUACAAAUUAGCUAUGACAGACAAUUUAUAGGUAAUGUGGGUAUUUACAAAAAAAAGUUUUCAGAAAGUGCGUCUCGCCCACCACCGCCGACACGGCGAACCAGCACGAUCACAUCAGCUACCCCAACGGCCCCUUCGAUUGCAGAAGCUCGAAUGAGUAUGGGAUCUAUGAUGGGUGAGUAUUUGAUCUUCAAGAAGAUUCAGCAUUUAAUUAAUGAUUAUCGAUUGAUGGAUCGGAAUCAAGAUAAAUUUGUCAUACAAAGCGAAUCACUGUAA